AUGUGUUACUAUGGCAGCUACUAUGGAGGCCUGGGCUAUGGCUAUGGUGGUCUAGGCUGUGGCUAUGGCUGUGGCUAUGGCUGUGGCUAUGGUGGCUAUGGAUAUGGCUGCUGCCGCCCACUGUGCUGUAGAAGAUACUGGUCUUAUGGCUUCUACUGA